CCGAACCUUUCACACCGUGAUCCGGAAACAAACACGAUGCUGUCACCGAGAUUAGUGAUGCUGCGAUCAGCUGCAUCCCUGAUGAUGAGCAGGUCCCUCUGCACCGGAGCAGCAUCCAAACAUGGCAAAGCACCGGACAUGAAGGAGGGGAAUCCACUUUUACACGUGUCAAAUGUGAGAAACAGGCUGAGGGAAAUUGUUGGAGCCUCAACGAACUGGAGCGACCAUCAGCAGGCCAUGUCGGAGCGAGCGUCUCUGUCCUCCAUGUUGGCCAAGUCUCAGAGCGAACUUCCUGCCAAGACGAUGAAGGACAGCCACCUGGAGGUUCACCUGCCGCUGGGCUCCGAGCCGCAGCUCAGAGAGAAGUACCUGACUUACCACAACACGGUCAGGUUUGGCAGGAUCCUGGAGGACUUGGACAGUUUGGCAGUCCUCAUCUCUUACUCCCACACCUACAACCCCGAGCUGAAGAGGUCUCCUCUGUCCAUCGUCACGGCGCUGGUGGACAAGAUAGACAUGAGGCAGCACGUCAUCUACCCUGACUGUGACAUCAAGUUCACGGGUCAUGUGACCUGGGUGGGGAGGACCUCCAUUGAAGCAAAGAUGCACAUGUCACAGUACCUGGACGGAACGUACGCCCCAGUUCUGGACGCCACGUUUGUCAUGGUGGCCCGCGACCCAGAGAAUAAGAGGGCAGCGUUUGUCAAUCCUCUGAAGCCUGACGGACCGGAGGAUGAGAAGUUCCUCCAGGAGGGAGAAAUUAAUAAAUCUCGUCGUGUGGAGCUGAGCACGGCGUCGCUGCUGAAGGCCGCUCCAACGGACGAGGAAAGGAAGAUCGUCCACGACCUGUUCCUCAACACGUUGGACACCAACACUGUCAGUUUCCGGAGCAGGAUUCUUCCACCAAACUCGGUCUGGAUGGAGGACGCCAAGCUGAAAGGAGUGGAGAUUUGCCACCCACAGCAAAGGAACAUUUUCAACCGGAUCUUUGGAGGUUUUCUCAUGAGGAAGGCCUACGAGUUGGGCUGGGCCAACGCCUGCUCCUACGGAGGGUGUCGGCCCAGUCUGGUGGCUGUGGAUGAUAUUAUGUUCCAAAAACCCGUAGACAUCGGUUCCCUCUUGAUGCUCUCCUCUCAGGUGUGUUACACUCAGGGGAAGUACAUCCAGGUCAGAGUUCACAGCGAGGUGUUCGACCCGCUGACCCAGACGCACAACACCACCAACAUCUUCCACUACACCUUCGCGUCGGACCGGGACGUCCCCAACAUCGUCCCCAAGACAUACGGAGAGUCCAUGCUCUACCUGGACGGGAAAAGACACUUCAAUCAAACCGUGGAGGCCUGAACGAGCAAAC